GAGUAGAAGAUAUUUUGGCCUGGACUGGAAAUUGGAAAAUAGACAGACGGCUUAAAAAAUUUUGAAGCAGAUAACGCCUGCCGCAGCCUUGCGUUUGUUUUUCUAACCAGUUUGUUUCAAAAACACGAAAACCCCACAGGGGGAUUUAGGAGGAGCCCUCUCUCUCUCAUCUUCUUCUCUUCUCCAACAAGAGACGAGUGAGGAAUGAAUGAAUGUUUGUGUAUUUACAGUUGCACAGCAGAGCAGCAUCAGUUACUGUAGCUAGCUAUAGCUAAUGCUAAUGGCCGCCGCAAAACUCUCCAUUUUCUCCCACGACGCCUCUCCUAUUCAUUCCACUCCUCGCCGUCUUCGUAAACUCGACCGCACUCGCCGCCGCCUCUUCUUCUUCACCAUUCUUCCUCUUAAUUUCCGGUUUUCUGUCUCCCAGGCCUUAAAUGCCGACCUAGUGUAUACCAAAUCCACGCGGAGUCGCACUCGGCCGCAGGAGGCUGAUGCGGAGCUUGACGCCAUUUCUCUCCUAAACCACAGAAUCCGCCGCGACCUUGCCAAGAGGGACCAAUUAUCGAUCACUAGGCCCGUCAUGGACGCGGAUGAGGCUGAUAAGUAUAUUCAGCUUGUCAAGGAGCAGCAGCAAAGGGGCCUUCAGAAGCUCAAGGCCGGCAGAGCUAGAGCCCCCGUUGACAAUGCCGCGCCCUCAACUAAGGAUCAAGUUUUUAGUUAUAAGGUCGACCCUUACACUCUCCGCUCCGGCGAUUACGUCGUCCACAAGAAGGUCGGCGUCGGACGUUUUGUUGGCAUUAAAUUUGAUGUCUCUAAGGAUUCUUCUAUCCCGAUUGAGUAUGUUUUUAUCGAGUACUCCGAUGGAAUGGCUAAGUUACCUGUUAAACAGGCAUCUCGAUUGCUCUAUCGCUACAAUCUCCCAAAUGAAAGCAAAAGGCCUCAGGCUUUAAGCAAAUUAAGUGAUCCCAGUGCAUGGGAGAGGAGAAGGUUGAAGGGAAAAAUUGCAGUCCAGAAAAUGGUUGUGGAUUUGAUGGAGUUAUAUUUACAUAGGCUAAAACAAAAAAGACCUCUUUAUCCAAAGACUGCUGCUCUGGCUGAAUUUGCAUCUCAAUUUCCUUAUGAGCCCACACCAGAUCAGAAACAGGCUUUCUUAGAUGUUGAAAGGGACUUGACAGAGAGAGAAAAUCCAAUGGACAGAUUAAUUUGUGGCGAUGUUGGUUUUGGUAAAACUGAAGUUGCAUUGCGUGCUAUCUUUUGUGUAGUCUCAGCAGCCAAGCAAGUUAUGGUUCUAGCACCAACUAUAGUUUUAGCCAAACAGCACUUUGAUGUAAUCUCAGACAGGUUCUCAAGAUAUCCUCAUAUCACAGUUGGACUUUUAAGCAGAUUUCAGACUAAAUCAGAGAAGGAGGAGUACUUGCACAUGAUUAAACAUGGGCAUCUGGACAUUAUUGUAGGGACUCAUGCACUACUUGGCAAUCGAGUUGAGUACAAUAAGCUAGGCCUUCUUGUGGUUGAUGAGGAACAGAGGUUUGGUGUUAAACAAAAGGAGAAGAUUGCUUCAUUUAAAACUUCAGUUGAUGUCCUCACACUUUCAGCAACUCCUAUUCCGCGAACACUUUAUUUAGCGCUAACUGGCUUUCGUGAUGCUAGUUUGAUUUCAACACCACCUCCUGAGAGAGUCCCAAUCAAAACUCAUCUUUUGGCUUACAUGAAAGAAAAAGUAAUAUCAGCAAUCAAGUUUGAACUCGACCGUGGUGGCCAAGUAUUUUAUGUUUUGCCCUGGAUUAAGGGGCUUGAGGAUGUUAUGGAAUUUCUUGAAGAAGUAUUCUCACAUGUUGAAAUAGCUAUUGCUCAUGGAAAGCAAUAUUCCAAGCAGCUUGAGGAAACCAUGGAAAGAUUUGCACAAGGAGAUAUAAAGAUUCUAAUAUGCACAAAUAUAGUAGAAAGUGGGCUUGACAUUCAAAAUGCUAACACAAUCAUAGUUCAAGAUGUUCAACAAUUCGGUCUUGCGCAACUAUAUCAGCUGCGUGGAAGGGUGGGCCGGGCAGACAAGGAAGCUCAUGCAUACUUAUUUUACCCUGAUAAGUCACUACUAUCUCAGCAAGCACUUGAGAGGCUUGUUGCUCUUGAAGAGUGUUGUCAUCUUGGCCAAGGUUUUCAACUUGCUGAAAGAGACAUGGCUAUAAGAGGUUUUGGUAAUAUUUUUGGUGAGCAACAGACAGGUGAUGUUGGGAAUGUGGGCAUUGAUCUCUUCUUUGAAAUGCUAUUUGAAAGCUUGUCCAAGGUUGAUGAACAUCGUGUAAUUUCAGUUCCGUACCAUUCAGUAAAGCUUGAUAUUGAUGUAAACCUGCAUCUUCCUUCUGACUACAUAAAUCAUUUAGAGAACCCCAUGGAAAUAAUUAGUGAAGCUGAGAAAGCAGCUGAAAAAGACAUGUGGAACUUGAUGCAGUUUACUGAGAAUCUAAGGCGGCAGUAUGGGAAAGAACCUUACUCCAUGGAAAUCCUGUUGAAGAAGCUUUAUGUGAGGAGAAUGGCAGCAGAUUUGGGAAUUACCAGAAUAUAUGGUUUAGGAAAGAUAGUUGGCAUGAAAACAAACAUGACGAAGAAUGUUUUCAAGCUGAUAACAGAGUCAGUAGCAUCAGACGUUCAUCGGAAUUCUCUCACUUUUGAGGAUGGUGAAAUAAAGGCUGAACUGCUUUUGGAGCUACCAAGAGAGCAGUUGCUUAAUUGGGUGUUUCAAUGCCUAGCUGAAUUGUAUGCUUCAUUACCAGCCUUGAUAAAGUAUUAGGUUUGGCAGCAGGUGUUUAUGAAUGCACCAUCUCGCACAUAAUGAACCAAAAGUUGUGCAGACUGGCAGGUGUAUUAUGAUGUGAUUAGAAGGUAAGAAGGGUUAAGGUAUGGUUGAGAUGUCUGCCGGACCGGAGUGGUAAUGGACCCUCAGCCACAAUGAUGAAAGGCCGGCAGGCCAAAUAAGUUUUCCAGCUCCCUCGUGAAAUACCAUAGUUUCUCUUCUUCCUUGAAAUGCAAUGCAAUGCCGAGAUGAUGAUCAUUAUUUUACAACGCUCACUGUAUUGCCCAAAUUUUUGCCUGUCCUUGAAAUGAAAAUGACAAUUGUAUUUGUUUCAUAGAAAAGGACCUUGUAACACCAGUGUUCAUGAAUUAAAUUGUCAAUGCUUAUUUUUCCAUAA